AUGGCAGGAGGUGCUUAUUCGUUGUUGCAGUGUCUCUUUCGGCUGCGCGUGUUGGGCUGCCCGACAGCCCAACUGAAGAUUGACGUGCUAUUAUGGUAUGCUUGUGCGCGACCACAGCGGCAGCCUCAGAGCUGUGAAAACCAGCAACACCAACAGCAGCUUCAUGUUUUAUUGCCGCUCCAACAGCAUCCGCAACAGCAGGACCAAUUUACUGUAAAGAAUAUCAGCAAGACAGCCACCAGCAUCGCGGAGCUGUGUCCAAUUCGCGCGGAGUCCCCGCUGCAUUUCCUGGCUGAGGCAGCUGUCGCAGAUGCGCACGCAACCGAGCAGGAGGCAAUCGCAGCCAGCGCCAUCGCGCUUCUGGCGCCUCUUCCGCCUCUUCCGCCUGCUGCCGACUAUCCUCCGCCAGAAUUCCCACCUGCCAAGCGCCAGAAGCAGCAGCAGCCGCCAACCGCUGCCGCCGCCACCGUCGCCGCCACCGCCACCGCCACCGCAGCAGCAGCGGCAUCCUCUGCCCCCGAGGAUGCUGAGGCGGCGGCGGCGGCGGCUGUGGCGGUGACGGCGGCAGGGACUUCAGACAGCGCAGCGGCGGCGAAUGUGGCCGGCGCCAGCGCAGCUACUCGCGCCGCCGUAGCGGACGGCGCCGCGGAAUGUGUCCACCGGGGUAUGUCGUACUCCGUCAGCAGCGGCGGUGGCGGCGCGGACCUUUGCGAUCAACUCCGCGGGCAAUGCGACUUCGAGGCCUUCAACGGGCACGGGGGAUAUGAAUCUCUGCAGUUGAACUUCGACACUGUCGGCAAUGGCAACGGUCGCUCCUCUGCGCUUGAUAUGGGCGACGAUGGUCGUGACGCCGCCGCCGCCGCCGCCGGUGCAAUCGGUGGCAACGGCGGCAUCACGACCACCAACGUCGGCGGCGGCGGCGAGCAGGAGCUGUUCGGCUGGCUUAUCGGGGAGCCGUACGGGGAGGUACCGCCCAGUGUGGCGGCGGCGGCGGCGGUGACGGCGGCGCCAGUGGCGGCGGCGGCGGCGGCGGCAGGAGAAAGCCUUACCGGCGGUGCAGACGCUGCCGGUGCAAGUCGCCAGGAUCGCCGUGCUGGGUACGACGUCCCUUUCGAAGCGGAUUAUUAUCUUCCACCUCCACCUCCACGUAAUCAACAACAGCUACAGCUACAGCAACAGCCUUGGGAACUACAAGACUUCGCAGAAGGGCACUCAUUGUACACUGAUGUACGCGCUAGGAGCGUUGGGCCGCCGCCGCCGCCGCUGGCGCCGCUGGCGGAGCUGGCGGCGGCGGAGCCACCGUCGGUGAGCCGUAGCGGCUGGGAGCAGCACCCCGAUCUGUUAGAGAAGCAUGCUGAGCUGGCGCCGGCGGCGGCGGUGGCAACGGCGGCGGGAGCGGCGGAGCAGCCCCCUGGCGACGAGGAACAGGCGCAGCAGCGGUUGCUCCGAACUAAGAAAGGUCGGAAACUGGGACGCGCGCAGGUCGAGGCCUCCUCACGGCGUGUACGGGAGGUGCUUCGACGUCACCAAAUUGCCGUACCUGCCGUACCAUUCCUCCCGCAUCUCAACUUGGGUAGCGGCGGCGGCGGCGGCAGUAGCGGUAUUGUUGGCGGUGCCGGGAAUAUUGGCGUUGCACAGUACGCCACAGACGAUACAACUGCCGAUGCUAGCGGGGCCGACGACGCCUCGGCCCUAGUGCCGUACGAUAGCGGCGGCGGCGGAGGUAUCGCCAUGGUUGCGGCCGCCGCCCCUGGUAUUGAGCUUCAGAGCGGCGCUGGUACGGCAUUGACGGCAGGGGUCGGCUCCGUCGCCGCCGCUGACGGCGGCGGCGUACCGUCAGCCGUCAGCGGCGGCGGCGGUGGCGGCGGUCGGUCGUGUUAUGAGUGCGGUGCCACCAAGACCAAGUGUUGGAUGUCUCAUAAGCAAUUUCCUGAGGAGAGGACUUGUAAGGCUUGCUAUAAGAGGUACUUACGACACAAACACUACGGACGUGUGGCGCCUUUGCCGUUGUGCGUGGGGGAGGAGGAGGACGAAGCAUGGGCGGCAGCGGCGGCGGCAGCAGCGGCGGCGGCGGCGGCGGGAGCUGCGGCGGCGUCAACGGACCCUGGCGCUGUACGGCAGGAUCUAACUGAGUUCCGGCGGGGGCACCAGCCGGCCCCGCCGCCGCUGCCGCCGGGGACAGGCUUGGCGGGCGCUGGCGGCGGCGGCGACGGUGACGGUAGUUGCACGUCAACUGCUGCCGUGGGUACGGCAGUACGACGGUGCUACGAAUGCGGAACAACUAGAAGCGGGGGUCACGGAAGUUACGAGCGCCAGGCGCCGCAAGUGAUGUACCGCCGGUAG